AUGAGUACGACCACCACCACCACAUCAUCUUUGACAUCCUCCUCUGAAGAUCCCAUCGUACAAGCCAUUGUCUUCCAUAAUGGCAAGCAAGAUCAUUCUUCUUCAACAAGUCUUUCUUCCGAUGAAACUUUUAAUCGAAUGAAAUGUGUGGAUGAAUUCUCUUCUCUCAUGAAACAAUACAUCCAAUUGGAACAAUCAAUCAAAGAAGGAUCAAGUUUAGAAAAUAUUAAAUUAGAACAAACGAAUUGCAUUCAUCAAUUAAAUCAAUAUCAAUACAAUACAUCCAUAUUAUUAUCAUCAUUAUCACAAGACUAUGAGAAACAAUUACAAGAAAUACAAGAUCGUCUUCAAAAAGUGAAAGCACAGAUACAUGAACACAAGAAUGAAAUAAUACCAUCAUUAAAUCAAGAGUUAGAAAAUCAAAGAAAAUAUAAACAAUUUAAUGAAGAAUAUAAUUUAAUCUCUGAAAAUAUUUUGAAAAAACCAUCCACACAAGAAUUACAACAUCAAAAACAAUUGUCACUAGAGCAAUUAGAUCGAAUGAAACAAGAAGGAGAUGAAAAGAAGAAGAAAAUUGAAUAUUAUGAAAAACAAAUGGAAUUAUUAUUUGUAGCAACAAGUGAUUUAUUGUCGACCUUUAAAGUUCAAUAA